CAUGCUCUGGAUCUCCAGCUGGCGGUGGCCAAUAUCCUGCAAUCUCUAGUGCACACAGAGAGAAACCAGCAAGUCAUGUGUGAAGCCGGGCUCCAUGCACGACUUCUGCAAAGAUGCAGCGCUGCUCUGGCUGAUGAGGACCACUCGCUACAUCCACCACUGCAAAGGAUGUUUGAAAGGCUGGCCUCCCAGGCGCUGCAGCCGAUGGUGUUGAGGGAAUUUUUACGCUUGGGAAAUCCUUUGAAUUGCGGAGCUUGGGACAAAAAGCUGUUGAAACAGUACCGAGUGCACAAACCCAGUUCACUGAGUUUUGAACCAGAAAUGAGAAAUAGCAUGGUUACCUCAACGGAAGGUCUGGGUUCUGACAGCGUCUUCAGUUUGCAUGAAGACAGCCACUAUCGGAUAAGCAAGAGCCUGCUCAAGCCAGCAGAAGGGAGCACAGUACCCCUGACGAGAGUGAAGUGUUUAGUCUCCAUGACAACCCCACAUGAUAUCAGGCUUCACGGAUCAUCAGUUACGCCAGCAUUCAUUGAGUUUGACACGUCUCUUGAAGGGUUUGGCUGCCUGUUCUUGCCAAGUUUGGCUCCCCAUAAUGCACCUACAAAUAAUGCUGUUACAACAGGACUUAUUGACGGUGCGGUUGUCAGUGGAAUUGGAACUGGUGAAAGAUUUUUCCCACCGCCAUCUGGUUUAAGCUACUCAACUUGGUUUUGUAUUGAACAUUUUAGUAUGCCUCCCAAUAACCAUCCUGUGAGACUUCUUACUGUAGUGCGGCGUGCAAACUCCUCGGAGCAGCAUUAUGUAUGCCUUGCCAUUGUCCUCUCAGCAAAAGACCGGUCACUGAUUGUUUCAACUAAAGAAGAAUUGCUUCAAAAUUACGUCGAUGACUUCAGUGAGGAAUCAUCAUUUUAUGAAAUUCUUCCCUGUUGUGCCCGUUUCCGCUGUGGUGACCUCAUUGUGGAAGGCCAGUGGCAUCACCUAGUUCUGGUGAUGAGUAAAGGCAUGCUAAAGAACAGCACAGCAGCUCUCUACCUUGAUGGACAGCUUGUUAACACUGUUAAGCUUCACUAUAUUCAUAGUAGUCCUAGUGGGUCUGGUUCUGCCAACCCACCUGUAGUCAGCACUGUUUAUGCCUAUAUUGGCACACCACCCGCACAGCGCCAGCUCUCUUCCUUAGUGUGGCGUUUGGGCCCUACGCAUUUCCUGGAGGAAGUGUUGCCUGCCCCAGGUAUUAGCACCAUUUAUGAGCUGGGACCAAAUUACGUCGGAAGCUUUCAAGCGGUAUACGUACCAUGCAAAGAUUCGAAGUCUGAAGGAAUCAGCCCAUCUCCAGUAUCUUUGGUACCAGAAGAGAAAGUCUCUUUUGGUCUCUAUGCGCUGUCAGUUUCUUCAUUUACAGUGGCAAAAAUAAGGAAAGUUUACAACAAAUUGGACAGCAAAGCUAUUGCCAAACAGCUGGUGAUUUCUUCUCAUGAAAAUGCCACACCUGUGAAGCUGCUACAUAACUCAGCAGGGCAUUUGAAUGGACCGGCACGCUCCAUUGGUGCAGCUUUGAUAGGAUAUUUGGGAGUAAGAACAUUUGUCCCCAAGCCUGUUGCCACUACACUGCAGUACAUUGGUGGAGCUGCUGCUAUUUUGGGACUUGUAGCCAUGGCAUCAGAUGUAGAAGGGUUGUAUGCAGCUGUGAAGGCCUUGGUCUGUGUGGUAAAGAGCAAUCCACUAGCCAGCAAAGAAAUGGAAAGAAUCAGAGGUUAUCAGUUGCUAGCCAUGCUGUUAAAGAAGAAACGAUCCCUUCUGAACAGCCACAUACUCCAUCUGACCUUUUCCUUGGUGGGAACUGUCGAUAGCGGGCAUGAGACAUCCAUUAUUCCAAAUUCUGCUGCCUUCCAGGAUCUGCUCUGUGAUUUUGAAGUCUGGCUUCAUGCACCCUAUGAGCUUCAUCUGUCAUUAUUUGAGCACUUCAUCGAACUUCUCACUGAGUCAAGCGAAGCGGCAAAGAACGCUAAGUUAAUGAGAGAAUUCCAGCUCAUCCCAAGACUGCUCUUGACUCUUCGAGAUAUGUCCCUGUCCCAGCCUACUAUUGCUGCGAUUAGUAACGUGCUGAGUUUUUUGCUUCAAGGCUUCCCUAGCAGCUAUGACUUACUCAGGUUUGGACAGUUCAUAUCUUCUACUUUACCUACAUUUGCAGUCUGUGAGAAGUUUGUAGUCAUGGAAAUAAACAAUGAAGAAAAGCUUGACAGUGGAACAGAGGAUGAUUUUGGAGGACUUGUUUCAGCUAAUCUUAUUCUACUGCGGAACAGGCUUUUAGAUAUCCUUCUGAAACUUCUAUAUACAUCUAAAGAAAAGACAACUGUUAAUUUGCAGGCUUGUGAAGAACUGGUCAAGACACUAGGUUUUGAUUGGAUUAUGUUGUUUAUGGAAGAACAUCUGCAUUCCACCACAGUCACAGCAGCCAUGCGAAUUCUUGUGGUCCUAUUGAGUAAUCAGUCCAUCCUUAUCAAAUUUAAGGAGGGUCUCAGCGGUGGAGGCUGGCUGGAUCAGACGGAUUCUGUCUUGACCAAUAAGAUUGGUACUGUGCUAGGGUUCAAUGUCGGCAGGAGUGCUGGUGGCAGAUCAACAGUCCGGGAGAUUAACCGGGAUGCUUGUCACUUCCCAGGCUUUCCCGUUCUGCAGUCCCUUCUCCCGAAGCACACUAACGUACCUGCACUCUAUUUCCUUCUCAUGGCCCUUUUCCUGCAGCAGCCAGUCACUGAACUGCCCGAAAACCUGCAGGUCAGUGCGCCUGUCGUCAGCAGCCUGUGUAAUCAGGGUUGCCAGUUUGAUUUAGACUCUAUUUGGACGUUCAUAUUUGGAGUUCCUGCCUCCUGUGGCACUGUUACCUCUUCAAUACACAGUGUUUGCACAGAAGCUGCCUUCUUGUUAUUGGGAAUGCUGAGGAGCAUGCUGAAUUCCCCUUGGCAGUCGGAGGAAGAAGGCUCUUGGCUUCGAGAAUAUCCAGUCACCUUGAUGCAGUUCUUUCGGUAUUUGUAUCACAAUGUGCCAGACCUCAUUUCCUUGUGGAUGAGUCCAGAGUUCCUGUGCGCGCUGGCAGCAACGGUGUUUCCUUUCAACAUACGACCUUACUCUGAGAUGGUCACUGAUCUUGAUGAUGAAGUUGGGUCCCCAGCUGAAGAGUUUAAAGCCUUUGCAGCUGAUUCUGGCAUGAACAGGAGCCAAUCAGAAUACUGCAAUGUUGGCACCAAGACAUACCUAACCAACCAUCCUGCCAAGAAGUUUGUGUUUGACUUCAUGCGUGUGCUUAUAAUUGAUAACUUAUGUCUCACACCAGCCAGCAAACAGACUCCCCUGGUGGAUCUUCUGCUAGAGGCUUCCCCUGAAAGAUCGACACGAACACAGCAGAAGGAGUUUCAGACGUACGUUUUGGAUGGAGUGAUGGACCACUUACUUGCAGCUGAUGUUUUAUUGGGUGAAGAUGCAUCUCUGCCUAUAACGAGUGGAGGAAGCUACCAAGUGCUGGUGAACAAUGUGUUUUAUUUUACUCAGCGUGUGGUAGAUAAGCUUUGGCAGGGCAUGUUCAACAAAGAAUCCAAACUUCUUGUGGACUUCAUAAUCCAGCUUAUUGCACAGUCAAAAAGAAGAUCUCAGGGACUAUCGCUGGAUGCUAUUUAUCACUGCUUGAACAGGACCAUCUUGUAUCAGUUCUCAAGGGCACACAAAACUGUUCCUCAGCAAGUGGCUCUCCUUGAUUCCCUAAGGGUCCUUACUGUGAACAGAAACUUAAUUUUGGGACCUGGAAAUCAUGAUCAAGAGUUCAUCAGCUGCCUAGCUCACUGCUUGAUUAAUCUGCACAUGGGAAGCAACGUUGAUGGGUUUGGAUUGGAAGCAGAAGCCCGGAUGACAACUUGGCACAUUAUGAUCCCCUCUGAUAUAGAACCAGAUGGAGUCUACAAUCAAGAUGUUAGCGAAGGUCGCCAACUUCUUUUAAAAGCCAUAAACAGAGUGUGGACAGAGCUGAUCCAUAGUAAAAAACAGGUUUUAGAAGAAGUUUUCAAAGUGACGCUACCUGUCAAUGAUCGUGGCCAAGUGGAUAUAACUGUUGCAAGACCCUUUAUUGAGGAAGCAAGUUUAAAGUGUUGGCAAAAUCAUUUGGCUCAUGAGAAGAAAUGCAUCAGUAGAGGGGAGGCUUUGGUUCCAACCACGCAGUCCAAACUUUCACGAGUUAGCAGUGGAUUCGGCCUCUCUAAACUAACAGGUUCCAGGAGAAGCCGCAAGGAGAGUGGGCUCAAUAAACACAACCUCUCUACACAGGAAAUUUCCCAGUGGAUGUUUACUCACAUUGCGGUGGUUCGGGACCUGGUUGAUAUGCAGUAUAAAGAAUAUCAGGAGCGUCAGCAGAAUGCAUUAAAAUACGUGACAGAAGAGUGGUCUCAAAUCGAAUAUGAGUUACUACGAGAGCGAGGUUUGUGGGGUCCCCCCAUUGGCUCCCAUCUUGACAAGUGGAUGUUGGAGAUGACGGAGGGUCCCUGCAGAAUGAGGAAAAAGAUGGUGCGAAAUGACAUGUUUUAUAUUCAAUAUCCCUACAUGCCUGAAGCUGAGCAAGAAACAAACUUGCUGUCUGACUUCUCAAGUAGACUUCCCGAGACACCUGAUGAUACCAUUCCUCAAAAGAAACCUGCUCGUUACCGAAGAGCUGUAAGUUAUGACAGUAAGGAGUACUACAUGCGUCUGGCAUCUGGAAACCCUGCAGUCUUUCAGGAUGCUAUAGAAGAGCAUACAGUGGGUGAAACAACUCAGCAGGAGCCAGAACACGGGGAGGACACUAUUGCAAGAGUCAAAGGCCUGGUGAAGCCUCCCCUGAAACGAUCUCGCUCUGCUCCUGAUGGAGGAGAUGAUGAGAACCAGGACCAAUCGCAGGAUCAAAUUGUUGAGGGGAGUUCAAUUGAUGAAGAGGAGAAGACUGACAAUACAACUUUGCUUCGACUUCUCGAAGAAGGAGAGAAGAUUCAGCAUAUGUACCGCUGUGCUCGGGUUCAGGGCCUUGACACCAGCGAAGGGCUGCUUCUCUUUGGGAAAGAGCACUUCUAUGUCAUUGAUGGAUUUACCAUGACAGCCACCAGAGAAAUACGGGAUAUUGAGACACUGCCUCCAAAGAUGCAUGAGCCAAUCAUACCUAGGGGAGCAAGGCAAGGUCCAAGUCAACUCAAAAGAACAUGCAGCAUUUUUGCGUAUGAAGAUAUCAAGGAAGUACAUAAAAGGAGAUACCUUUUGCAGCCAAUUGCAAUUGAAGUUUUCUCAGGAGAUGGACGGAACUAUCUUCUAGCUUUCCAAAAAGGAGUUAGAAACAAAGUUUAUCAAAGGUUUUUGGCUGUGGUGCCAUCUCUAACGGACAGUUCAGAGUCAGUGUCUGGGCAGAGACCAAACACCAGCGUAGAGCAAGGGUCUGGCUUGCUUAGCACUUUAGUGGGAGAAAAAUCUGUUACUCAAAGAUGGGAAAGAGGAGAAAUCAGUAACUUCCAGUACCUGAUGCACUUAAACACUCUGGCGGGCAGAUCCUAUAAUGAUCUCAUGCAGUACCCUGUCUUUCCCUGGAUCCUCGCCGACUAUGAUUCAGAGGAACUGGAUCUUACGAAUCCCAAGACAUUCAGAAACCUGGCCAAGCCCAUGGGAGCUCAAACAGAAGACAGGUUAGCCCAGUACAAGAAGCGAUACAAAGACUGGGAAGAUCCCAAUGGGGAAACGCCAGCUUAUCACUAUGGGACCCACUAUUCAUCAGCCAUGAUAGUGGCUUCCUACCUUGUCCGGAUGGAGCCUUUUACUCAGAUUUUCUUAAGGUUACAGGGCGGUCACUUUGACCUGGCUGACCGAAUGUUUCACAGCGUACGGGAGGCUUGGUAUUCAGCAUCGAAGCACAAUAUGGCAGACGUGAAGGAGCUCAUCCCAGAGUUCUUCUACCUCCCCGAGUUCCUGCUCAAUUCCAACAAUUUUGACCUAGGUUGCAAACAAAAUGGCACUAAACUUGGUGAUGUAAUACUCCCCCCAUGGGCAAAAGGAGAUCCUCGUGAAUUUAUCAGAGUACAUCGGGAGGCUCUGGAAUGUGACUUUGUGAGUGCACACCUGCAUGAGUGGAUUGACUUGAUCUUUGGCUAUAAACAGCAAGGUCCUGCUGCGGUAGAAGCUGUAAAUGUCUUUCACCAUCUCUUCUAUGAGGGGCAAGUGGACAUAUAUAACAUCAAUGAUCCAUUAAAAGAGACAGCUACCAUAGGAUUCAUUAAUAACUUUGGACAGAUACCAAAGCAGCUCUUUAAAAAACCACACCCGCCAAAGCGUGUUAGAAGCCGACUGAAUGGAGAGGCUGUGGGAACCUCUGUGCCCCCUGGUUCUACAAGUGACAAGAUUUUUUUCCAUCAUUUGGACAACCUGCGGCCAUCUCUUGCUCCAGUGAAAGAGCUCAAGGAGCCUGUGGGACAGAUCGUGUGUACCGAUAAAGGCAUUCUGGCAGUAGAACAGAAUAAGGUUCUUAUCCCACCUACAUGGAAUAAAACUUUUGCCUGGGGCUAUGCAGACCUCAGCUGUAGACUGGGUACCUACGAGUCGGACAAGGCAGUAAUUGUUUACGAAUGUUUGUCAGAAUGGGGUCAGAUACUGUGUGCCAUUUGCCCCAACCCCAAACUAGUUAUCACCGGAGGAACAAGCACAGCGGUGUGUGUGUGGGAAAUGGGCAUCUCCAAAGAAAAAGCUAAAGCCCUCACACUGAAACAGGCAUUACUGGGUCAUACUGACACUGUCACGUGCCUAACAGCAUCGCUAGCUUAUCACAUAAUUGUGAGUGGAUCACGGGAUCGCACCUGCAUCAUCUGGGAUUUGAAUAAACUCUCUUUUCUAACACAGCUUCGAGGUCACAGGGCUCCAGUUUCAGCACUCUGUAUAAAUGAAUUAACGGGGGAUAUUGUAUCAUGUGCUGGCACUUACAUCCAUGUAUGGAGCAUUAACGGCAGCCCCACCGCAAGCGUAAACACUUUCACUGGCCGAAGCCAGCAAAUAAUGUGUUGCUUUGUGUCAGAGAUGAAUGAGUGGGAUACCCAGAACGUCAUAGUAACGGGGCAUUCGGAUGGAGUUGUCCGGUUCUGGCGGAUGGAGUUUUUGCAAGUACCAGAAACACCAGCUCCGGAGCCUGUGGAGAUGCUGGAAAUGCAAGAGGAUUGUCAGGAAGCACAAAUAGGACAAGAAGCCCACGAAGAGGACAGCAGUGACUCCGAGGCAGACGAUCCAUGCAUAGGCCAGGACACAAAACUGCAGGAGAGCCAGUCUCAACCAAGCAGCACCAGCCACAGGCCUAGGUCAUCGUCAAACAGAGCAGCGGCAGCAUGGUCAGCAGACAGCGGCUCUGAUGACUCUAGGCGUUGGUCAGACCAGCUCAGCUUGGAUGAGAAAGAUGGCUUUAUCUUUGUGAAUUAUUCUGAGGGACAAGCAAAAAUGCAUCCCCAUGCUCAGGUUAACCACCCGCACCCCAGCUAUGCUGAAGCACGGCACUACAGCAAGCUUAAACCAGGAUACAGAUGGGAGCGUCAGUUGGUGUUCAGAAGCAAACUAACUAUGCACACGGCAUUUGAUCGCAAAGACAACGCACAUCCAGCAGAAAUCACUGCACUUGGCAUCUCUAAGGAUCACAGCAGAAUUCUUAUUGGGGAUGGUCGAGGCAGAGUGUUCAGCUGGUCCGUAAGCGAUCAGCCUGGCCGAUCUGCAGCUGAUCACUGGGUGAAGGACGAGGGAGGAGACAGUUGCUCGGGCUGCGCAGUCCGUUUUUCACUCACUGAGAGACGUCACCAUUGCAGGAACUGUGGCCAGCUCUUCUGCCAGAAGUGCAGCAGGUUUCAGUCCGAAAUCAAGCGUCUGAAGAUUUCAUCACCAGUCAGAGUCUGCCAGAACUGCUUCUACAACCUGCAGCAUGAGCGGGGUUCAGAGGAGGGGCCCAGAAAUUGAUAGGGUCCUGGCAAACGGAGACCCCAUCCGGCCCCGCCGUCGCUCCAAGAACUAGUGAGAGUAUCGUGCAGUGAUCGGAAGGGAUUAGGAUAUUGUCUGUUUACACUUAAGUUUAUACCGAGUUUUAAGCACUAAAAGUAAAAAGGGAUCAUUGAAUUGAUUUGUGUUGACAGAAGGUAAAUGAGGCUAACGGCAUAAUUAAGUGAAGAGCAAGGCCCAGGAAGACAUGAUUAAUAACCACAAAUCCAAUAGAACUGUCAACCCCUAAACCUAUGUCGACAUGGCUAUCGAGAAGAUCCUCACUUAUCCUAAACACCCGUUCUUGUCUUGAUUUUGUAGAGCUAGUCAUCUUUAUCGGGGGGAGGGGGAGGGGAAGGCUUUUUAGAAGAUAGUUGUAAAUCUGCCUUCUUCGCAAGCAACUGUGUAUAUUGUAAAUAGGUAUAAUGGCCUUUUUAUCUAAUAUGAACUUAACUGCUUGUUACAUGGGACUUCAGAUUAACCACUGUACUUUGUGUGGCACCUUUAUCUCAUCUAUCGAUUUAAAUACGAAUGUUUAAAA